AUGUCCGCUAUUCGACUCAUGAACGCUUAUGCAUUCCUUAAUCCAAGCGAGAUCGAAGAAGAAUUAGUCAAUGUUGGCGAACGUCCAAUUGAAGACAAGGCAUUUCGUGAUCGUGUGAGCUCACCUCUCGGUUGUCGUCAAGUUGUUAAACUGCUGACUGAUUUCUCACUUUUCACGUAUGUCCAUGCGCUUUCUGUCAGUACGCAUCGCCUAGUUCAAGAGCUAGUCAGGGAAAAUCUUGAUCCUGAGGAAAAAGCUAAGAGUUUUGUUGAUGCAGUACGCUUGCUUUCUUUCGCAUUUUCUAAAUGCACAUCUCCAAAACAUCUACUGGGUAAUGUUGGUAUAGAGGGGCGCUUGACAGUCUAUGAUUUGCCUAGAAACCAUUCUCAAUAUUACUUGGGGUCUAAGCUUUGUUUUCAUGGCAUUCAUCUUCAACAAAAUGUGGAGAAAUUACUAGCAAAUCCAGAUCCAAAAUGUCUAGAUUCGCUUUUUGUUUUCGAAACAGCCAAAGUUUUUUAUGAAUGCGUUGUUCAUUUAAGUGUUAAUCAGAAACAAGAAGAGGCUAAACGCACACUAAAUUUUGUUUAUCUAAUACUAGAUUGGAUUCCCGUAGAAGAGUACGACACAAUUCAAAACAGUCUUUCGAAUAACUUUCUGUUUCCUUCCCAUGUUAUCCCUUUGCCAAAGUGGCUUCAGAUUGUGAUCAAAAAAUGUUUUGUACCUCCUAUGAGCACCCUUGAACCUCUUGAUGAAAAGGCUAGGACGGAGAUCGAGGGCUCUGAGUCGCAUAAUUUGGAGAAAAAUAUUGAAAAGCUUAGAUUAGAUGGGAAUAUGAAAUUUAAGGCUGGUCUCUACAAAGAAGCGGUAGAUGCUUAUUCUGCUGCCAUAGAUAUGAGUAAAGGUAGAACUGUCUUAAACGCUUUACUACUGACAAACCGUGCUUCAGCUUAUAUCAAGCUUAAUCAGCUUGAUGACGCUUUGCGAGAUGCAAAUGAAUAUAUAUCUCGAUUCCCAGAUUGUUGGAAGGGCUAUGCUAGAAAGGCUUUGGCACUUGAUGAGAAAGUCAGUGCUGAAAUAGCCGCAGCACUAGCUUAUUAUUAUUUUUCCCUAAAAGAUGAUACCUGUAGAUGUAUUUUUUCAGAAUAUAAUCCAUUCAAAGGUCGAGCGUUCCCAGGUUUAAGGGACCGUAUUUUCAUAUGUCAUACUGUAGAUCAGUUAGUUACAGCACUGUUCUCGCCCACUACACAAGACUGUCUGUGGGUUAUAAUUUUGGGAUCAAAAGAGUAUUUAGUGCCUUUCGUCCCCAUACGUGUGAAGAACUGCAUCAUAGUUGGUGCAAAAUCAGAUGCCUCUGUUACUUUAAAACUCGAAUUAGGUGGCACAUUGCUUGAAAAAUGUAUGUUUGCAAAUAUUUCUUUUGCCAUUGAUAAAGGUCAAAUCAGAGCUGAUGAUGGGUGUUGGGUUAAGCUCCUUAACUGCAAUUUUACUUGCAAUAGUGAUGGUUUAGCAGCUGUUGGAUCUAGCGGUGUCUUUAAGGCCGAACGAUGUAACUUUACAAACUGCAAAGCCGGUGGGCUGCUGUGUGUGGGACCUGGUAAUAUGGUUGUUGAUAAUUGCACAUUUUCUGGUAAUGUGAAAGCUGGCCUAGAAGUGCGCGACAAUGGCAUACUGACAGUGAGGAAUUGUCGCAUGUAUAAUAACUGUAAGGAUGGCCUGACAGUAGGACCCAAUGCGACAAAAUGUGUCACAGUUGAUUGCCAAAUUUAUCACAAUACUCGUGAAGGAAUUGCAGUCUUGGAUGCAUCAAAGUGCGUCACUCUCAUGCGAAAUGACGUUUUUAGUGCAAUGUUUCCAUGGAAACGUUGCACUAUUGUGAUGAGUGGCGAAAUUCAAGCGAGAGAUACAUAGAGUAAACUUUCCGGGGGGAGUUACAAAUGUUAUCUCAAAGCCAUAUCUAAAAAAAACUUCAAGGUUGGAGAAUUUUUAACGUUAAAACGGUAUUUAUAGCAACAGUAAAAUUUCUUAAAUUUGAUUUAGUUUGACGAUCAAUGUUUAAACGUCUACAUUACAGCAAUGUUAAAAGUUUACUGAGAUAACAAAUAUGGGGGAUUCGUGCCAUUAGCACCCCCCGUAUCAUCAAAUUUUCGUGAGAACUGCAAGUCAGCAAAAUCAGCACGCACAAAUAAAUAUGACGACGCGUAUGAGUGCUGGUCGAAAUUUUAGAACAGGCCUUGGGCAAACGAUUUAACAUGGGUAUGUAUUAUUUCUAUGCAAUUUUAGACUCUAUUUCGGGGCUUCAACUCGUUGCAUUUCAUACGAGGCCCGAGUUUUUGCAUUGCUAUUUAUGAUAUUCUUAUAUUUCAAUUUAAAUCUCGUAGCUAUGUCACGAAAUUUAGUUGUACAACUAUAUUUUAUUCUUUCUAUGACUGUAGCCAGUAUAGGUAGACACGUGUUAUUUUAUAAAUAACAUGAAAUAUAAUAUCCCCGUGCAGUAUAACAUGCAAUAUCAUGUCUAUAUAUAAAUGUUUGUCUACAGCUCUUGUUCCACAUUUAUAGCACGCUCGUUUAUAUUAAAUCUAUAAUUUCAACCCUAGUCUAUCUUUAUAUGAAAAUUUAUAAUCUGCAAUAAAAGCAUAGUCAUAUAAAAACAGCAUUUUUCUGAUAUAAAAAUAUAACUUGCGUGCUGUAUAGUCUCAUAGUAUAUACAGCCUGUGAACAGACGGUAUACCAUCAAUAGGUGUCGCAGAAUUUGACAGAAUUUUUUGUAAUAUUUUAAUUAUUCAUUUAUUCAAGGCCCGCAUAUUGUAGCCUGUGCACAUGCAGACAGCCGCAAUGAGUUUUGUUGAUAUGGAUAGUUAUGUAUGACUUGCAUGAAUGUAUGAGAGAUACUAAGAUAUUUGGUUUUUGUGCCGGAAUUGAAGUAAAAGGAUAAUAACAAGCGCGAAGUUUGCUGUUGGCAUAAUACUAACUAUAGCUAAUUAAUCGAGAUAUACUAGCUUUUAAUAACAAAGCCUUUGUUUCAAUAAAUUUAAUUGAAUUCAAGAUUAAAAUUUAUUAUGUCUUAGGUACAACAGUUCGUAGGUCAUCGUGUUACAUUUUUCAAUACAAUGUCAAUGUCAAUGACAAUGUUUACGUUUAUAAAAAGUUGGCAAAUUUACUGUUUUGGCAAUUAAUGUGUGAUGUGGCCGAAAUUAUCGGCCUAAUCUUAUCGUAAGUAUAAUUUUGUCUGCGUUCUGUAUAUUAAAUAAAUUGAGAUGCUACAAAAUAAUAUACAGGGAUAUCGACAAAACUAAUCUUUUGAUACUGUGUUACGUAUAUAAGCAAUUGAGACAUCAUGUACGACAUUAAAAAUAUAGCUUCCUGCAGCUACUGUUAGCUACGUCACAAACGUAAACAAACGCUCGGAAAUUUUUGCGACUUGUGGUAUGGUUGGACGAAAAUGGCUGUAAUAAGUUCAAAAGUUCCUCUAGAAGUUCAAAAUUUCGUCUACUUCAAGUUUACCGGUAAUUUACAACAAAAUUAAUUUGCAACAGUUUUGCAUUCGCGAACCGCAUCAUUUGGACAAAUGAAUUGCAAAACUAUGAACAAUAUGUUUGAAAGAUUUGAUAUUACCGCCAGUAUGAUGACUUUUCAAGUUUUCAGAAACAUUGCACUAUCCUUGGAUCCCUAGUUUAAAUAAGUUAGGGUUAGGUUAGGGUUAGGGUUGUGGUUAGGGUUAGGGUUAGUAUUAGGGUUAGGGUUUAUUUAUGCGUUAGGAUGGUUUGUUCUACGUUAUAAAAACGAAAACCUUAUUUUGAAGUAUACUUUCUAGCAAUCACCCUUUUCCAUCCCCUCUUGGGCUGUCAAUUUUCUAUGGGUUACGUGAUGACGCAUGGAUGACGCAAAAUGUGAUGACGCAAAAUGUCGCAGGAGAAAAUUGCAACUAACUGGAGAGCAAAUAAUUUCGUGAGUAAUUUGUUUGUUUCACAAUUUUUAAUUAAAGUGCUUAUGUCACAAUUUUUUUUUAUUUUUGAGUAGCGGACAAAAAGUUAGUAAAUAGGUUCUUUAACAUUUUAUGGUUUUCUCGUUUCAUUCACGGGAUAUGAGGCUCUAAACAGCGAUUUUUGUAAAAUUGUCGCUUAUCAACAAGAGUCUGGGACGACGUAGCUUAAGGAACUUAAUCACGACGGGCAUUAUACAUUUCUUUAUAUUUUGUAUGUUUUCCAGCACUCAUGGUUCUCAAUGUGAUUCAGAAUACAAUUAUAUUCCUGGGUAUAUUAUAGAGGAUGAAUCAAAUGAUACUAGUCACGAAAUUGGAACUCUAGAAGCAGCUGAUAGCGAAAUUUUAGGCGAUUAUGAUGCAUGCCUUUAUGCCGGUGAACCGCUAGCGAGCGAAGAAUGUUACGCGCGAUAUCUAAAACUAUGCGGAACACAAGGAACAAAACGAGAUAGUACAGCGAAGAUUAGACGGCCUUGAAGAUAUUAAAUAAUGGUGAGCGUAAACAUAGAUUUAUUUAACAUUUUAACAUAAAAUGAGUAUCUCUCGUAUCUUGAUACGGUAUCAGUCACAUCAAACCACUCAAACCACACUUCCCUCACCUGUAUCAUAUUUCACAAGUGUAAUUGCGGCGAUUGUGUGAUAAUACAUAUACAAUAUACACACGAAGCUUGGUGCUGUCAGGAGAUGGAAUCUUGUGGGGAAGUUCUGAAGGUCUUAGAAGAUGUGCCACAGCCGCCGUGCUGUAUUACUUUACACUCGGGAUUCAGACCUAUUUGUUUGGAAAAAUGGGCUCUAAGAAAACUUGCGAGAAAAUACAAUCGUUCAAUCGUUCGUAUUAAAUAAACGUGAUUACAGAUAAACACUGUAGCUUCAAACAAGAAUACAUACGAAAUUUGCUCUGAAUAUAUUUUCUUUGAUCCAAGGGCGCCGGAGACACGGGGGCAGCGGGGGCUGAUGCCCCCGCUGCCCAAACUGUGCGGGGGCAGUGCGGAGGCAACUGGUUGCCCCUUCAGGCAACUAAUAAAUUUUCAUUGUUGACUGGCCGUCAUAUGUAUAAUUAUAUAUUAUGACUACGUUCAUUUCAUGGUUCAUUUAGACUCUGGCAGAGUGGCACUACAAUAACGCAUUCGGCGCGAUAAGUCUUCCCUGCUCUAGAUUGUUUUAGAGCAUUCCAGCUUCUUCUGACUUUCCACUCAAUGCAAGAUACGCAACCUUAUUAAGAUCAGUUUUUAGUUUGUUUAACUUCCUUGCCUAUAUUAUAAAUAAGAAGCACUGAACCGUGAUAGUUAGUUGACUCGCUUUUUUCGUUGGGAUAUUAUAUAUUGUGCCAGUAUGUUUAAUUAACAACAUUUUGCACUGUUUCCGUUUUCACUUGUACAAUAUUUCUGACCUACAACUGACGACUUAACGCAAAUAAGGAAGACCUCACCAAUGAUGAACCUUUUGACAGCGUUGCUGCCGACGUAAUCGACAUAGAAAAGCUAAAUAACGAGCUGGAACAGGUUCCUGUCUACAUCAAGCUGUACAAUUAG